CCCCAGCACACUUGGCUCUCCCUCCUUCUUUUAGUGCUUGAGAAUCCUUGUCACUGGUCCACUGCUUCUUAUUUUCUGUCUCCCUGUCUGACUCAGUUUCCUUAUAUUUCUUUUUCUCUCUCUACUACUGUCUUCCUAGGGCUAGUGCUCUCUGUGUCUUCACACUUUCGUCUCCCCAGGUAUCUCUGUGUAUCUGCUUUUUAGUCCUGCCUCUCAUGUUCUCUGCAUCUCUGUCUCUCUCUCUGUGCCCCUGUGCGUGACUCCCCUGUUCACCUUUGUCUCUUUGGCUACCUGGGGGCCUGAAAUGGUGAUGAGAUGGGGGAUCUGCCGUGCUAAGAGCUCCCUGGAAGAGAGGGCUUACACUGUGAUGAGGAGUUGCUUUUAGAGAGUGCUGUGACCCCCCAUCCCAGGGGCGGAGUGCUAAGUGUGUGUGUGUGGCUGUGCAAGGAAGAGGGAGAUGUGUGUCUGUGUGUGUGUCUGGGUAUGUGUAAAUGUUUAAGUGUCUGAGUCUGAGUGAGGAUGUCUGAGUGUAUCGGUGUAACUGUGAGUGGCUGUGUCUGAGAGUGUGUGUCUGAGGGUAAGUGUGGGUCUUGUGUAUCUGGCACCAAGGAACCAAAGGCAUUUCCUGGUGCUGGGGCCUGAAGAGUAGAGGGGGAGAUGAGCAGCAGCUGCUCAGGGCUGAGCAGGGUCCUGGUGGCCGUGGCUACAGCCCUGGUGUCUGCCUCCUGUCCCUGCCCCCAGGCCUGGGGCCCCCCAGGGGUCCAGUAUGGGCAGCCUGGCAGGGCCAUGACGCUGUGUUGCCCUGGAGUGACUGCUGGGGCCCCGGUGUCCUGGUUUCGGGACGGGGAGACAAGGCUGCUCCAGGGACCUGACUCUGGUCUAGGGCACGAACUGGUCCUGGCCCGGGCAGAAAGCACUGACGAGGGCACCUAUAUCUGCCGGACCCUGGAUGGUGCACUUGGGGGCAUGGUGACCCUGCAGCUGGGCUACCCCCCAGUCCGCCCUGUUGUCUCCUGCCGAGCAGCUGACUAUGAGAACUUCUCCUGCACUUGGAGUGCCAGCCAGGUUAGCGGUUUACCCACCCGCUACCUCACCUCCUACAGGAAGAAGACGGUACCAGGAGCUGAUGGCCAAAGGAUGAGUCCAUCUACAGGGCCUUGGCCAUGCCCACAGGACCCCCCAGGGGCUGCCCGCUGUGUAGUCCAUGGGGCAGAGUUCUGGAGCCAGUACCGGAUCAAUGUGACUGAAGUGAACCCCCUGGGGGCCAGCACACGCCUGCUGGAUGUGAGCUUGCAGAGCAUCUUGCGCCCUGACCCACCCCAGGGGCUGCGGGUAGAGUCGGUACCUGGCUAUCCUCGCCGCCUGCGUGCCAGCUGGACGUACCCUGCCUCCUGGCCCCGCCAGCCCCACUUCCUGCUCAAGUUCCGGCUGCAGUACCGUCCAGCACAGCAUCCAGCCUGGUCCACGGUGGAACCGGCUGGAUUGGAGGAGGUGAUCACGGACGCUGUGGCUGGGCUGCCCCAUGCCGUGCGGGUCAGUGCCCGGGACUUUCUGGACGCAGGCACCUGGAGCGCCUGGAGCCCCGAGGCCUGGGGUACUCCGAGCACCGGGCCCCUACCGAAGGAGAUACCAGCUGGGGGCCAGCAACACGCGCAGCCAGAGGAAGAACCUCAGGCGGAUAGCCCUGCUCCCCCAAGACCGUCCCUCCUACCAGACCCGCGGCCACUUGACCACAGAGACGCCCUGGAGCAGGUGGCUAUGCUGGCAUCUUUGGGAAUCUUCUCUUUCCUGGGACUGGUGGCUGGGGCCCUGGCACUGGGGCUCUGGCUGAGGUUGAGACCAGAUGAGAAGGAUGGACCCCAAAAGUCUGGGUUCUUGGCCCCGAUGAUUCCAGUGGACAAGCUUCCAGGAGUCCCAAACCUGUAGAAGAUCUUGGAAGGCUUCAGCUGAUUCCAUCUAUAACUCUGUCUUGCUGGUGUGGAUGGACGGACAGGUGGAACCCAGGCAGGACAGUAGAUCCCCAUGGAGGGGGGUUCUCAGCUGGAAGUUCUGUUUGGAGCUCAUUUCUAUGAGACUCUGUGUUCCCAACUUGCCAGCUGAAAGGUGCCUGGACCUCUGACUUCAUCCCAGAGUUGGAAGUCCACCUGAGGAAUGUGUGUAGAUAUGUAUGUCUGUGUCCAUGUGUGUCCAAGUGUAUGUGAGGCAGGGAACAUGUGUUCUCUGCAUGUAUGUAUAUAGGUACCUGGGGAGUGUGUGUGGGUCCUUGGCUCUUGGCCUUGCCCCUAGCGGGGGUUGUGAAGGUGUGAAUAAAGAGAAUGAGGAGGUU